AUGGGGGGAAACAAUAUAGUUUACACCGCUCGUGCUCUUCUUGACAGCGGCAGCACGUCCUGUCUUAUGACCGAAGCAUUGUACAAACGAUUGGGACUUUCUGGUUACAAUGGUGUGAUACUAAAAACCUUGAUCAGAAAACCCAAGAAGCCGAACUCCGCUAACCGUAAAUGCGUGCUCGUGCGUCUCUCCAGCGGGCGAGAGAUGAUCGCCUACGUGCCGGGCAUCGGACACAACCUGCAGGAACACAAUAUCGUGCUCGUUAGAGUCGGCAGAGUUAAAGAUUGCCCCGGUGUGAAGCUGAAAUGCGUCCGAGGUAAAUUCGACUUGCCGCACGUCAUCAAGCAGAAAGUAUAG